CCCCUUCUCUGACAGAGAAAUCUUCCCUACUUUCCAUCUCUCUCGUCUGUCUACUUUCUCUCUCUUCUUUGUGUGUCUUGUGCUAGGGAAAUGCAAGAGCAAGCAACGACUUCCGUGGCAACCAGCUCUCUGCCUUCAAGCAGCGAAAGAUCUUCCAGCUCCGCUCUUCAAAUAGAGAUCAAGGAAGGGAUGGAGAGUGAUGACGAGAUCAGAAGAGUGCCAGAGAUUGGGGGAGAAGCCGCUGGCGCGUCAGCUUCCGGCCGAAAUGGCGGUUCAGUGGUCGGUCGGGCCCGGGUUCAGCCCUCAGCGGAGGGUACUAGGAAGAGAGUUAGAAGCCCGGCUGACAAAGAAAACAAGCGAUUGAAGAGGUUAUUGAGGAACAGAGUUUCAGCACAACAAGCAAGGGAGAGGAAGAAGGCGUAUUUGAUCGAGUUGGAGGCGAGGGUUAAAGACUUGGAAACGAAGAACUCAGAGCUUGAAGAGAGGCUGUCCACCUUGCAAAAUGAAAACCAGAUGCUUAGACAUAUAUUGAAGAACACAACUGCUGGUAUGCAGGAGGGGAGGAAGUAGUUGUAUCAUGGUUGGCUACUGUGUAAUUGAUAUAUAUAUAUAGUGUGUGUGUGUGUGAGGGAGAGAGAGAGAGAGAGAGGGAAGGAGAUUGAAAGAUUAGACUCUUUUUUUUUUAUCCCCCGUUUCAUAUGCUACGUCA